AUGGCGUAUAACGGGGAUGAGAGGAACCCGAACCACUGGUGGAAAAUAGAGGAGGUCUCGCCAACAGCCGUGUACUACGUGGGACCUUGGGAAUAUAUUCGGAAUCGCAGGAGCAGCAGGGUGCUGCAACACUCGCAUCAGCAGCAACCGUUGACGAAUUCCGUUAACUUUGGCAGCCCCGUCGCUACUACUAGCACCAAUACUGGGCAGUCCAACUCCAUCAAAGCGGAUAAGUUGAUCCCCGCCGACGCCACCCAGCAGUGGCGGCGGGUUGCCGUAUCAGAGGGCUGCACGUGCCUGCAGAUUCGCGUCUCCGGGUACCUCCUCACCACCGUAAGCACUCUUCAACUUGUCGCGCCUCAAAGCUCCUCUCUGCUCGCCAUUGGCAGGGCUACGAGUGGAACCGAAUCGUACAAUAACGCAGCUACAUCGCUGGCAGCAACAGUGGCUGUGGAAGAAGCGCAGACGAGGGACAACAAGAUCUUCACUCUGCAAAGCCGCCUUGGGGAAGCAUUUCUGGAGAACACGUGCGGGGCGGAGGUGCGAGGAAGCUGGGGGGCAGUGGAGGCCAGCACGUGCUGCCAAUGGGCCGCCAUCCGCGCGGAUGAUCUUGCUGACGUGGCCAAGGCAACAGUGGAUGACGUGGCGGGAUCAUUGCUUAUGCUUCUUCCAUUCCCCAAAAGAUCCACACCAGAGCAUUUCAAAGCGCCUUGGGAAUCCAAGCCGACUCUUCUUGACAGCCAAGCUCCUAAAUACUCCGUGUCGGAGCUUGCACUUGGUAAAUCCACACCCCUGCCGCCCGUGCUGCCACUCUCGCCGCCAACCUCGCUGCCAGACGACUCGACACCUGCCACGCCGACGAAGGCAGGUAAAUUCGAGCCCUCAUCAUCACCCGAAUCAGGAUCGCCCCCGCCACCACCGUUGAUGCCGGAACUCCUGCCCAAUUCGACUUUGAAGGCAUUCGAAGGGGAAUCUGAAAGGGAGCGAUACUCCAUCACAACUUUACCCGUGCGCCUCCCCUCGAGCUACCUCGGCAACCGAGUCACCGGCAUGGCUCUUGCAACGCAUGCGAGCGGCAGUGUGGAGGCGAGGGAGUUUGAAGGCGGCAGCCUGCAGCAGCAGUGGCGUGUUGUGAGUGUGGGCAGGGUGGCAUCCGCACCAGCCGUGUCCUACAUUUUCCUUCAGAACCGCGCCUCUGGGUUCGUUCUGAGCCACUCCUGGUGGGGCAGCCGUGUGGCGGCUAGUGACUGCCACGCUUAUAGCGAGGAUGAGCUACAGUAUCACCACCACUGGACCAUCACCCCUGCAAGAACCACUGGUGGGAAGGCGCACUGGGAGCAGGAGGAGGUGGAGAUCUGUGACAAGUGGUGCAAAGCGGUGCAGGGUGGUGGUGAAGGGUCUGCGAGCCUUGCUCUUGCGGUGGACCGGCUGUGGAGCUAUGUGUUUAACCGGGACAGUGGGAAGGCGCUGGCUGUGUGUGAGGAGAGCGUAGAUGCUGUGGAUUAUGAGCGGCGGAUCGGCGCAUAUGACAAUGAUUUCGGCAGCGAGUAUCACAAGUGGCAGCUGAGAGACAUAGAGGGAGGCGUGUACGUUGUACUGAAGAACAAGAAAACGGGUAUGGUGCUGGACCAUUACUAUUGGGAGCGGUUGGAAGCGGUGGAAGGCGAUGAGAAGAACAAGGCGCAGCACUGGGGGGUGGUGCCUGCCAGGCAGAUGGCCCGAGAGGGCAUGGGUCGCAAGCCUUCUCCUGAGAUCGAAUCUGUGGUUGAAGAUUUGUUUUCCCGCUGGGAGAGGGACAGUGUGCCGAAGGGGGAGCUGAAGGGGGUGUAUCUAGUGGCGGGCGGCAAGCCUCGUCACGGCAUUCGGGUGGUGAAGUCGGGGUCUAAUCGCAGCCGUCAGAUCCAUCUGCUGCAAGUGACGAUCCAAGGGCUGGCAUACGCGACUGUGGCUGUUCCGACGGGAGUGGAGGUGGGGAGGGGGAGGAUCUGGGCGGCGAUGAGGAGGAGUGUGGAGGGGGGAGGGGAGGUGGUGGUGGUUGACUCGCUUGACUUGAUGCGAGUUCCCGAGGUGGAGGGGCCGUUGGUGAACCUUGCGGUGUUUUUGGGGGUAGCUGCGAAUCAAGUUUGCAUGUGA